AUGCGUCCCCACGUUGUGCUGCUGGCUGCUGGGCUCCUCUACUGCCUGCAGACUUUGUCCGCCGCCACCGUUAUAUCAGUACCUGACGAAGACGAUGAUGUAAAUACCGAUGUCGACAGCGAUGCAGAAAUCAGGCUUUUCUACGGAGGAGUAGCGAAGAGAGGAUGCGUUUCCAGAGGGGGUAACUGUGACCACAGUCCCAAUGAUUGCUGCCCAUCAACCUCCUGCCGUUGUAAUCUCUGGGGCGCCAACUGCAGGUGUCAAAGGAAAGGAGUGUUCCAAAAUUGGGGCUAGUACUCUCCUUAGCUGCUUCUCUGGCAACUUCACACAAAUGUGACAAAAACGUACAAAAACACCGUUUGUUUCGUGGCAUUUAUGUUGUAUUGUGGUUGUAUAGUUUGAAAUAAAUGUUUAAUUAAA